AUGCCCCGCGAAAUUGAGCCGCCAUCCGUCCAGAAGGAGUUUCUCGAGUCGGCCCUCGCAGAGGGGAAGCGUCUCGACGGCCGUCUCCCCUUGGAACAGCGCAAGUUUACCCUCACGUUUGGCGCCGAGCUGGGUUCCGUCGAGUGUCGCUUGGGGAAGACAGCUGUGCUUGCCCAGGUGACUGCGACCAUUGUCAAGCCCCGUGACGACAGGCCGUACGAGGGCUUCCUCCAGAUCACCAGCGAAAUCAGUCCCAUGGCGUCGAGCGUGUUCGAGGCCGGACGUGCAUCCGAGGACGAGGUCAUGAUCACCCGGUUGCUGGAGAAGAGCAUCAGGAGGACGGAGGCUGUCGACCGCGAGGCGUUGUGUAUUGUGGCUGGUGAGAAGGUCUGGCACCUGCGCUUGACGCUCCACUUCCUUUCGGUCGCCGGUAACCUGCUCGACUGUGCAUCGCUCGCAGCCAUGGCUGCUCUUCGUCACUUCCGCAAGCCUGAGCUCGAGGUCCUGGGUGACGAGACCAUUGUGCACUCCCCCGACGAGCGUGCCCCCGUGCCCCUUGCGAUCCACCACACUCCACUGUGCUUGACGUUUGCCUACUUUGAGGGCCUGCAGCCCAUCCUGGACCCUUCCCACAUUGAGGAGAUUCUUGCCGCAGGCACCAUGACCAUCACGCUCAAUGCCCAGCGCGAGCUGUGUGUCCUGUCCAAGGCGGGAGGCAGCCCGCUGUCCGUGGACGACGUGAUGGACGUUGUGCGGGUUGGCGUGGAGCGUGUGCGUGAGAAUGUCAAGACGAUCGAGGAGGCGCUCGAGAAUGACAAGAAGUCGCGUGUGGUGGAGGUGUUGUAG